AUGCGCAGGGGAAAGAAGAUGGCUGGAAACGCCAAUCUAGAGCCUCUGGGUUCUCGCACCAAAAUUCCAACUUAUAAUUCAAGUCCACUCAAGCAGGAAAAGAACGAUGAGGACCCUCCUCACUUUCGUGCCGAAGGCUCGUCUUACAUAUUUGGAUCAAUCAAGCAAGAAGGAAACAAUGAGUAUCGUUUCCGUUCCCGCUCCCCAUUGGAAACUCGUCGGCCCCCCCGUCGUAUUCGCUCUCGGUCCCGCUCCAGAAGCCUGACGACCACUAUCGUUCCAUUCCUAGAACCCGUCGGUAUUCCAUCACCAUCGAUCGCGUUCCAGAAGCCCAAAAGCUCCUAUAUCAGUCAAAGCCCGCACAAGUCCCGUCAGUCCCGCCGCUCUAUUUCCUCUAUUUCGGCCCAAAAGGUAUCAAGCUCCAGUUCCUAUAGAUCUCGAUCUCCACGUCAUAGAGACCAAGACACUACAAAGGGCUCCUACUAUGGAAAAUCUCCUCGUAGAGGCUCUCCCACUGAUGAAGGCGCCUCAAGAGGGUUCUAUUAUAGACCGUCUCCUUACGGAGAUACUCCUAUGGAUCGGGGCGUUCAAAAUAGUUCCUACUACAGACCAAUCACACUGACUACAGUGUCGUGUACGAAACCUUCCAGUCGCAAGCGCGGAGAAUUCAUGGUCCCUGCCUACAACUACCCUGAGCCAUCAAGUCCAAUUGAAGAAUCAUGGGCGGAAAUUGCUAGUCGUAAGCAUAAAGAAUCAAUGGCAAACAGAGCAGCUAACAUGACCACUUCGAAACAUAUUUCACUCGCUACUUCCGUAGGAGAAUCCAAACCCCUUAAGAAAGCAGUAACUUUGGAGAAAUGGGAAUCAGUGGCAAAAGGUACCCCCGUCAGCCCUGUCAGAGGUGAGAGAUCGUUGUUGUUUAAGAGGAAAAAGCAGAGCAAAGCGGAGGGCUUAGAUAUCCAGAACCAAAUAUCCUCCCUCCUGUACCCUCGCAAGAGAAAAGAUCUACAAAUCCCGCCGACUGAAUCUAAGAUGAAUGUUACGACCGAUGUGGAGAAGGGUGUUGGCGUUGCUAAAUUAUUUGAAUCAUCUGCCCAGAAUUCAAGCCCUCCUCCAUUGCCUAUACCAUUACAAGAAAUGCACUCACAAAGCGAGGCCCUUUUAUCUGCUUCAGACCAAGGCAUACACCCAGAGAGACAAGGCUUCGCUGAAUCCCGUCUUACCAUUUCCUCUCCAAAGAUUAAAAUUGACACACAAACCCUGCAAUCGAAGAUCCAAGAACUUCGUCCUUCAUCCUCUUUUGACGAGAAACCCAGACCAAUUCCUAGCAUCAUGAAUGAGCUAUCAUUUACCGAUGACCCCUUCGAAUCAGACCAUAUGUAA